AUGUUCAUAGCAAGGUCGGAAUAUGACCGGGGGAUCAACACAUUUUCCCCCGAAGGCCGCCUUUUUCAAGUUGAAUACUCUCUCGAGGCCAUCAAGCUCGGAUCCACAGCCAUCGGAAUAGCCACCUCACACGGCGUCCUUCUAGGCGUAGAGAAACGUGUCACAUCCACCCUCCUCGAGACCUCCUCAGUCGAAAAGAUCGUUGAGAUAGACCGGCACAUCGGGUGUGCGAUGAGCGGAUUGCAAGCUGAUGCCAGGUCAAUGAUUGAACACGCAAGAGUAGAAAGCCAGAGCCAUCAUUUCAAUUACAAUGAAAAGUUGGGAGUGGAAAGCUGUACGCAAGCGAUAUGUGAUUUGGCUUUGAGGUUUGGGGAGGGUGCUGAAGGAGAAGAGAGUGUGAUGAGCAGGCCGUUUGGGGUUGCUUUGUUAGUAGCCGGCGUGGAUGCUGAUGGGCCACAAUUGUACCAUGCAGAGCCGUCAGGGACGUUCUAUCGAUAUGACGCGAAGGCUAUAGGGUCAGGUAGCGAAGGAGCACAGGCAGAGCUUCAGAACGAAUUUCACAAAUCUUUAACGUUAGAAGAGGCCGAGGUAUUGGUGCUGAAGACGCUAAAGCAAGUGAUGGAAGAGAAGCUGGAUAGUAAGAACGUGCAGCUGGCAAGUGUGACAAAGGAUAAAGGCUUCAGAAUCUACGAGGAUGAGGAGAUGAAAAAAGUAGUCGAAAGGUUACCAUCAAAUUAG